AUGGGUAUCACAGUUAUAGGAUCGCUCAAUUAUGACUUGGUAACGUAUACGGAUCGUUUACCUUUUGCUGGAGAGACUUUUAGAGCUAACAGUUUCGAAACACAUGCUGGAGGUAAAGGAUUGAAUCAAACGAUAGCAAUUGCCAAAUUGAAACAAGCAGGAUCUGAUUAUUCUGUAAGAAUGGUCGGAAAUGUUGGUGCUGACUCAUUUGGACACGAGCUAAUAAAUUUACUGGCCGCUAAUGAGGUUGAGGUUAGUACGAUCAAGACUGUCGAGGACAAAAGUACUGGUGUAGCUACUAUUAUAGUGGAGGAAAUGAAUGGAGGGCAAAACAGAAUUCUUCUGAGUGAAGGUGCAAACGGGAGUACUGUGUACAAUUCUGAUGAGUUGUCAGAGAUUUUUUCAAAAAUUAAGGAGAAGGAUAUUGAGGAUGAUCGACACUUUGUGGUCUUCCAACAUGAAAUCCCGGACCCAUGUUCAAUCAUGAAAUGGCUCAAAGAAAACUAUCCUAGUUUUGAAGUUAUUUUCAAUCCAUCACCAUGCAAGCCUCUUGCUCGGGAAUAUUGGAGAAAUGUCGAUGUUCUGAUCAUUAACGAGAUUGAAGCUCUACAGAUCGCACAGGCUAUCUUCUCCAAAGAGAUAUACGAUGGAUACAAGACUCUAGUCAGCGAGAAUUUUGUGGAGGGAUAUCGGAAGAUAUGUCAGGAGUUCCAGCAAAAUCUCAUUAGUAAUAUCAAUGACGCUGCUGUGGUGGUGACACUGGGAUCACAGGGAUCGCUGUAUUGUUCAAAAAAUCACAAAUGUGUCGGGUACACGCCUUCUCUCAAAGGGAUCAAUGUCGUUGAUACAACUGGUGCGGGAGACACAUUCUUGGGAUCUCUAGUGACCCAGCUGUAUUAUAACGUGCGUUUAGAAGACGCUAUUAAGUUUUCCACUAAAGCUAGUUCACUGACAAUUCAAAGAAAGGGUGCCGCUGAAAGCAUACCAACUUACUCUGAAGUAGCAAAAGUUGUCAGAACUUGA